GACGGACUCUCACUAAAAUAACAGGAACUAAAAUGCCAGAUUCCACUGGCAGCCCGUCCGCGCCGUGUGUCUCCCUCUCCCUUUGCCAGUGUUGUCGACGCUGCUGCUGCUGCUGCGCCCGUUCCAGUUCGUGUGGCCCCUCUCCCUUUCGUGUCUCCUGCUCCCUUGACAGCAGUUGAACACCAUCCCUUCUCCUCCAUGUCAAAAGUCACGUAGAGUUGAAAGAUUCUUUCUGCUUCGUCCAGUUGAAGCGCUUUAUCCACGCGACCAACAUGUCGCACCACGUUCAUUUUCACUUUACUGCUCGUCACAUCAGGCUGGCCUGAACCUUAGAUCGCGUCUGGACAAUCAUUUGCGCUACUUGGCCAGAGACCUCUUCGCUCGCUGUCAGCUUUGGGCACAACCUUUCGCUACAAUCUCGGCCGCCUACCCUCGAGCGCUACCUCUUCAUACAAAAAACCCCAACCCCCUUGCUAACGGACGACUCGCAACACCACGCGACAAUGACUCGAAAGAAGUCUGUCCAGGAGCCGGAGAAGGCUCACCGGCUCUCUCUGGCUGAGUUGGCCGCGUACGACGACGUCUGUUCAGACGUACUAAUAGAUAAUGCUUACUACAAGUACCGCAUACGGAAGAACCGGACGAAGCACAUCCCUGUUAGAGGUAUCAAGGAAGAUGAAGUACCCCGGAUUCUCCUGCACAAGGUCAUCGUCGAUAAGGACUUGGUGGCAGCCGAGAAGGCCUUGCUUGCCCUGCCUGGAUUGAAACGGUACAAGCAAAGCCUGCGCUCCAAAGCCGAACAAGAACAUUUUCUCAGCCACCUUCGCAAGUACAUCGCCAUGUACCAAACCGACUGCCCUUGGGAGGUGUCCGCUACCAAUCGGUAUACCAUCACCACAUAUGAGGCCGCCGUCACCGCACGACGAAGGAUCAAGCAAGGCGACACGGUCAAAUACCUCAUAGGCACUCUCGUGCCUCUAACCACGGAGGAAUCGGCCGAGUUAGACCUGAGCAACCGCAAUUUCAGCAUCGUUGUCUCCAGUCGCAAAAAGAACUCGUCCAUCUUCUUGGGCCCUGCGCGGUUCGCCAACCAUGACUGCGAUGCAAAUGGUCGCCUUGUGACAAGGGGUCCGGACGGUAUGGAAGUGGUCGCCAUGAAGAACAUUGAGGUUGGGGACGAGAUCACCGUAUCAUAUGGUGAUGACUACUUUGGACCCGGCAAUAUAGAUUGUCUCUGUCAUACUUGCGAGGUUCUUGAGCGCAACGGCUGGACAUCGAAAGCUGCGGUUCUCGAGCCUUCAAGCCACGCUUCUACUCCUUCACGCGAACUCAUCGACAAUCACCGGUCACGCAGCUUAAAGCGCAAGCGGGCACCAGAAGCGUCUUCGCGACAGUCUUCAGCUCCUCCUUGCAAGCAGCUAAAGACUAAUCUGUCCCCUUCCAAGCUGCAACGUUCGUGGACCCCUCCUACAAGCUCCGAUUCCGACCACGGUCAGUCAGGCGCCGUUACCGGCUUAUCGGAGGCUAUCGAUCCCACAUCUUCGGUUUCUGGGGAGAAGACCACGCUUUCUCCACCUCAUAGUCCAUCACGAUUGACAGAGCGCGAAGGUGCCGAAGACAGCAAAUCAGAAGCAGCAUCGACUCCUCCAACCACAGUCGGUGAUGGAUCGCUAGAUGCAAAGCAAAAGUCACCCAGUAGUGCCAAGUCCAAGAGAAAUUCCCGCGAGAGUAAGAUGACUGCUAGACUACUUGGCAAGAUUUCCGCACGAGCACCCAUCUCUCCAGCGCCUACAUCUCCAUCAAGUUAUGGUUCAGCAAACGAGACGGGGCCGUCAACCCAACAAAUCCCUGCAAAUCCCAUCAGUGACAGUGCUGUUACCAUCAAAAUCGAAUCAAUGGAGACGACGAAACUGGAAGCAGAUGGGGACACCAUUGUGGUUGAUUCCUUGAGCCAAGAUUCAGGAACAACGGCCGACGUAUUUUUCGAUGUUGCUAAUGAAGUGGCCACCACGGUCAGCCCUGAGAUAGCGGGUGCCCCUGUACCACAUGCCAUCUCGACUCUAGCGACUACCACUGUUACGAGAGAAGUUGAAAAGCCCAAGGACGCUGACACAGAAGACGGAGUUUUGCCGUCCAUUGAGCCCAACACAACGUCAACCACAGUGACCAAGUUGACCGUCCACCCGGUUACGGGCACAAUUCGGAUAGCCGGGGAUUAUAUAUUGACCCGAAAGUUACUGGCUCAACCUCAUGACCGUUGGGUUCAAUGUCACAAUGACAAAUGCUAUGGAUUCUUUGUUCAACCCAAUGGAUACCAAACCCGACGCGAAUGUCCCCGAUGUGAACGACACAGCAUGCUGUACGGCUUUGCUUGGCCCAAGACCGAUCCUGACCCACGCAAACUGCUCGAACGAUCGGGACGCGGGAAAAAAGGAGCCGGUGCUACUGAGUACAGCGCGUACCGCCGGAAAGGCCGGUGCGGCAAGGGGACCUGGGUUGAAGGCGCAGGCGAUCCGGAAGAACGAGUGUUGGAUCACCGUACAAUUCACCGGUUUGUGCUUCCCGAGGAAGAGCGAGAAUUGACCAGAAAGGGGCUUCUCAGAGAAGCAGAGCUGGCCAGAGCAGCCGGAGACCAUGCGCUCGCGCUUCUAGAGGCCAAGAUGCGCGCUGGAUCCAGAGGCUUGGGAACGGAGAGUGCUGCACGGGAUCGAGAUGUGAGCGGAAGUGGUGGACCUGGGUCGUCGACGCCGGAUGAGGCGCGAAGGAGAAGUAAUCGCUUCGUCACGAGGCCGGUGGGUGUGUAUACGGACAGAUUUUAGUUUUGCUGCCCGUUGUUACACCGAAAGGUGUGGCAGCAGCGGCAGCUUCAGAUCCGUGGUGGUCGUGGUGAUGGUGGACUUUGCUUGUCACGCUUAGCUGUGCAGUGGUCAGCUUGUGGAUUAGCUUUGAGCAAUGAAUUAAAGGCCAUCAGAGACGCAAGCUUCAACGCAAGAUGGUCGCCUACAAGUGUGCAUUGUGCUUGGCUACUAUGUAGAGUAUGUACAGUACUGGAUACUACUAGUAUGAGUGCCUUAUUACAGAACAGCAUACAGUGAUUCGGGGUGGAUGGAUGCUCUGUCUGGCGUCCCGAUAGUCCCAAAUGCCCAACUACUACCUACCUAGA